GAACGAGCAGAGAGAGUGAAGUGAGGAGAAGCGCUGUCCUGCCUGCCGGAGAAUAGCUUCAUUUAAAACACAAUAAAAGAGCGAAGGACUCCGGGGAAAGUGAAAUGUCAGCGCGAAUAUCCUGAAGAAACCGCUGAUUUACUUCUUCACCUCUUUGUUUCUUAUUCAGGAAUUUGUCCAAGAACCUGCAGUGGAGAGGUACAGGUUUGAAGAAGCAACAAAUCAAGGUUUUGAGGAGGAAUCACUGGAAUCUGUUCCAAGCUUAUUUUUCAGUUUUCUGUUUUGGAUAAAGAUGCCAGAGAAGAAGAUUGGAAGUCCAGGGAUGAGCAUCUUCAGCUGGUGUCGGGUGGCCGCUGCGGUAGCUCUGAUCUUGAUCAUACUGGGAGGGCUGGGAGCCGCCAUCUGGGCCCUUGUCACAUAUCUCAGAACAACAGAAGAUACUGGAUUGUUUGAUGUGCAGGUGAGCGCAGCAGACCAGAGGCUGCGAGUGUUUGACUCCACCCAGCGGAGGUGGAAACACGUCUGCUCAUCCAACGCCAACCAGCUCAUCGCCAACAUCAGCUGUGAGGAGAUGGGCUUCGUCAGAGCAGUGAACUUCUCAGUGACGUGUGCUCCUGAUAAUGGUGGUGACCGAGAUUUUUUCUGUGUGAAAGAGAGUGAGUUAACUUAUGGGAAGAAGAUAAAAACAGCCCUUUAUCCUUGUAAAUGUGACAAAGGUCAGAUACUUGAGGUGAUUUGUCAGGACUGUGGUCGUCGAAUGUUGCCUGAGGAGCGGAUCGUGGGGGGAGAGGAUGCUCGUCAGGGAUCGUGGCCAUGGCAGGUCAGCUUACAGUAUGAUGGAGUUCAUCAGUGUGGUGGAUCCAUCAUUUCAGAUCGCUGGAUCGUCAGUGCCGCACACUGCUUUCCUGAGAGGUAUCGUCAUGUGUCACGCUGGCGGGUUCUGAUGGGAUCGAUCUACAACACUCCCAUCCGUAAAAACAUUGUGAUCGCUGAAGUGAAGACAGUUGUCUACCACAGCAGCUACCUGCCCUUCGUCGACGCCAACAUUGAUGACAACAGUCGGGACAUAGCAGUCCUGGCGCUGACAAAACCUCUGCAGUUCACUGAUUAUAUCCAGCCGGUGUGUCUUCCUACCUAUGGCCAGCGAUUGGCGGAUGGGCAGAUGGGUACAGUAACCGGCUGGGGUAACGUGGAGUAUUAUGGCACUCAAGCCAAUGCCCUCCAGGAAGCCCACGUGCCCAUCAUCAGCGAUGCGGUGUGCAAUGGCCCGGAUUAUUAUGACAACCAGGUCACAACCACCAUGUUCUGUGCCGGUUAUGAGAAAGGAGGAACCGACUCCUGCCAGGGAGACAGUGGUGGUCCUUUCGUAGCUGCAGAUGUCCUGUCUAAGACCAGCCGCUAUCGUUUACUGGGGGUGGUGAGCUGGGGCACAGGCUGUGCCAUGGCCAAAAAGCCCGGCGUCUACACGCGUGUGUCACGCUUUCUGCCCUGGAUAUCCACAGCCAUGAGGAUGUAUGAAAACUCCCCAGGAGUGCACAAAAUGGCACGGGCGGUUACACCAUAGCCAUUCAGAGUGGAAAAAUGUUUAAUAUGAGACUGAAAUGUUGCCUGUUGAGGUCAGAUGUGUUGCUCGGAUCAGUCUGAGAUCAGACGUCUGGUGUUGAUCAGAUGUUCUGUGAUGAUCAACCUGUCCCAAGGAUAAUAUCUGACUCAUGGAGGCCAAGAACCAUUUCUGAUGCUGUACUUUGGUUAAAUAUGUUUAUGAACGUAGCAUGUGUUAUUAACAUAGAAUAUGCAAUUUUUCUCUGAAAAUCUACCAAAAUACCAAAAUACAGUAUAAUAAGAUAGAGUAAUCAAAUUAGCAAUAUUGACUGAACCCAAAAACACUCAUUAAAUAUAUAUUAGUGCUGUCAAACGAUUAAUCGCAUCUAAAAUAAAAGUUUUGUUUACAUAAUAUGUUUGUACACUGUGUGUAUUUAUUAUUUAUAUAUAAAUACAAACACAUGAAUGUGUAUAUUUAAGAAAAAUAUGUUAUGUUUAUAUAUUAAAUAUAUUUAUAUAUAAUAUAAAAUAUAAAAUAUAAAUGUAUAUACAUGUAAAUAUUUUCUAAAUAUAUACUGUAUGUGUGUGUAUUUAUAUAUACAUAAUAAAUAUACACAGUACACAUACAUAUAUUAUGUAAACGAAAACUUUUCGAUUAACAGCACUAAUAUAUAUAUAUAUAUAUAUUAUUUCCAGACACAAAAACGUAAACAAAAAAUUGAUAUUUUUAGAGUAUAGGGUAUUUUUAUCCUACUUUAUUACAGGUUUGUACAGAAUGUAUGGUAGCAAAACAAAUUAAAUGCAUUGUCAUGUUCUGCUCAGAUUGCAAAAAUGCUGUUAUUCAUUUAACAGUUAAAAGAAAAAAAAAAAAAAAAAAAAAAUUAAAACAUAUUUUUCUGUUAAUUUAAAUAAUACAAUGCUAUACGAAAAUACAUAAUAUAGUCUCCAGACAGCAACAUACACAAAACAUACAAUUUAUUUUUAGCACAUUCCUAAAUCUGACAAGGACUCUCAACUUUAUAUCAAUCUACAGUAUUUAUCUCAAUUUGUUUACUAGUGGCACAGGUACAGUACAGUAUGAUACAUAAGUCAAAUCUGUAGUACAUGAACUUAUAAGAAGGAUUUUGCCGAAUAAUACAGGCCUUUGUGAAAUGUGCCAUGAUUAAAUUUGUACUUAAAUAGGUUUUAUAAAUUGAAAUGGCCAGAACGGUGACAUUUGAAAAUGCUUCAUGAAAACCUCACUUUCAUGUGUUUUACAUGUAAUAUAUUUUAUUUUCUCUUCUUUUUUCUUGAAAGAUGGGUUAAGCAUUGAUGUGACGAGCACUAAAUGUAAAGAUACAAACCAAAGACUGGUUUAGAAAGCAGUAUAAAUAAACUCAUCGCUGUGGCAGUCAGUAUUGUUGCUUAUAUUGUUGUACAUAUGAAUAGCUUCCAUACUAUGCGAUGCACUGUUUAAUUCAAUUUUAUAUCUAAUUGUAUGUUAAGCUGCUAUAUUGUUAUCCAGAUUUUGUACCAUAACCUACAUUAUGUAAUAAUUUGGUAGCUCUUUAGGACUGCUGAAUAUGACAACAAUAAAACUCAAACAGCAUUUAGCUUUUAUUCUAUAAAUAUGCUUAUUUUCUGUUUUCAUGUUCAUGAAAUUGUUAUGAAUAUAUGUACAAUACAGAAAUUCUGACUUUUGAUAUAUAGUAAUCUCACUACUUCUUCUUUUCAGUUCUUUUCAACCAAAUACAAAUGCUGCAUCCAUAAUAUUACUUUUAAAUGCUGAAAUAAAGACUUAAUUUUUUAUAUAAAAAAAGU